GAAGACCGCAUCACACCUGCUCUCUGCAUUCAUUGUACCCCCAACACCACUCCAACCAUCUCCUCCAAUCUGGCACGGCGCUAAUCAGUCGUUGAAACCUCCGAUCAUCCCAAUCCAUCCAUGAGCCUCUGAUUCUCCAAUCUUUCAUCUCCAAUCGCCUUGCAAGCCACCCACACACUGCCCACCUCCCCUCCCCUUCGCUCGCUUUCAUUGUACUUGCAAGGCUCGUCCCUCCCUCUCGCACCUCGCUAGCAGAUGGACAAGAAGGACGAGAACAGCCCGGCGAAUUUGUGGACUCGUCGUUCCAAUAGCAGCAAACUCAGCUUGAACGUCAAGCAGAACGAUCGCAACGACACCCGAGACUCCGACAGCUCGUCUGCCAGGCGGCUGGGGAGUGCGAGUGCGACCAGUAGAAGCAACCCUUUCAGUGCCCUUGGCUCCGCGCCCUCUCUAGCCUCUCCCACCACCGGCGCCGGCGCUUCUUCAGCAUUCGGCCUGGGCAGCGGAGCCUUUGCCAGUUUCGGUAGCACGGGAAAGACGCCCAAGACACCCGGCACUGCUUUCGACUUUAGCAAGGGCACUCUUGAGCGGAGGGAGUCCACGACCAAGGAAGAGAAGGAGGAGAAACGACCUGUGCCGCGGAAGUCGCUAUCGGCAUUGCGCGCAAACUCCGAAGCACAAAAUCCCUCCACCCCAUCAAAGGACAACUCAUCCUGGUGGUCAUUGAAGCAUGCUUGGGUGAUACACUACCGACCGCCGACCAGCAAGAACAGCGACUAUGAAAAGUCCAUGCGACCGCUGUGCAGAAUAGACAGCGCGCAAGCCUUCUGGUCCGUCUACUCACACCUGAAGCGUCCGAGCGCUCUGCCGACCGUCAGCGACUAUCACUUCUUCAAAGAAGGUAUCCGGCCGGUGUGGGAGGAUGAAGAGAACAAGCGAGGCGGGAAGUGGAUCAUGCGGGUGAAGAAGGGAGUGGCCGACAGAUACUGGGAGGAGCUCUUACUCGCCAUGAUCGGCGACCAGUUCGCCGAGGCGAGCGACGAGGUCUGCGGUGCGGUGGUUAGCGUGCGAUCGGGCGAGGACGUCUUCUCCAUCUGGACGAAGAACGAUGGCGGCCGCAACGUCAAGAUUCGCGAGACGAUCAAGCGCGUGCUCUCUCUGCCGCCCGACACCAACCUUCAGUGGAGGAGUCAUGACGAAAGCAUUACCCAGCGCAACGCAGUCGAUCAAGCGCGGCAGGAGAAAGCGGCGUCGUACGGGGACAAGAGACGCAACACCCUGACUGCGGAGAAGGACAAGACGAGUAAGGACGACUCGGCGUAGUGCGCGAUUUGGCGCCCUCGUCGCCGGAUGGAACUCUGGGAUUCAUCCCAACAGAAGAAGCUAUUGGUAAGAAGUACGCCUUGGAUUAUCCGUCGUGUACUGUAGGGGACGCUGAUCGCGAGGGUUGGGGGGCUUUGAGCGCUCGAUGCCACACUCGCGACUUGUACAAUUAAUUUUCUGUGAAUUCUUGCAGGACUAGCAUAGCAUUGGAAAGUCUUGCAAUCACCACAUACCAUUCCCC